AUGCCUGCAAAUAUUGUGGAGCUAAAUUUAAGUGGAAUAAAAGAUCUUAACGUUCAAGAUCUAAGUUAUUGCAAAAAAGAGUUUACUAACCUCAAAACAUUGGACGUUACAUUCACAAAUAUUUUCUUAUGCGAUUUGGAAGAGAUUUGCUGCGAUAGCUUAAAGAAUAUUGGGAUAAAUUUCUUUAAGCCUAAUUAUUUGAUAGAUGUAGACUACAUCACGUGGAACGCUAGCAUAACCGUUUUCGACGAUGAGUUUUUUAAAGGAUUGCUCCUUGAGUUAACCGAUUAUUUUCCCACUUACGUUUGCAUGCGUACAAAAACCGAAGGAAGGAUAACUGAAGCACCGAGCAAUUGGUACUGCAUAGACUCGUGUGAUACUUUUGACGGAGACGACUUUUUCGGGGAUGUUUUCUUACAAUGUAAAAAGUUGCACACUCUUGAUGUGUCCAUUAUAGAACGUGACCCUCUGUGCCUCGGCAACGAUUGCACACAGUCUUUAUUUACUAACCUGCAUGAGACAAAGCUAAAGAAUCUAAGGUUUAAAUCAAUAGACAUAGAUUACGAGAAUUUCUUUACUUCCUUGUCAAAAUGUCCAACUGUGGAACACAUUCACAUAUGCAACCUAAUACCAAAGACGCUGAACAAAAACCACUUUAGCUUGCGGGUGUGCUAUUUUGAUAGCGACAUCAAUCCAUUCGCAGAUGUAUUCAACCCAAGUCCACUUAACAUCACGCAGUGA